AUGUCGUUCUCUCUGAACUUGGGAGGGUUCAAGGUGCCCCAAUUCAGGGUUUUUGAUCACUCACAUGAGAAGGAGCUACCUCCACCACCUUCUCAACAUCUUCACCCUUCUCACCAACAGCACCACAACCACACCAAACAACAACAACACAAUCAUCAGAAGCACAAUCGCCAUAGACAGCAGCCGUCCAAAAGCUUCAUAUAUGACCCUGACGGAUUUGAAGACAGUGGCGUAUUUUCUGAUCUAGAAGAACUCCACAAUUCCUCCAGAGCUAGCCCUUUUCGUCUUCAGGACGACGAGCUCUCCGACAACAGCAGUCUUUUUGAGGACAGCUCACUUCUCGACGACACCUUCAUCUUCUCACAUCGGCCCAAGAUGGCUACUAAAUCCCUAGCAGACAUUCUGACUGUCACCCAGCUCUAUGCGGUGUCAGAACUCAAGGCCGCCGCAACAGCUAGUCGCUACUCCGCUUCGCGUUCCAUAAAUGAUCGCGUGGGUCUCACCAAAGGAGACAUCACGAGACUGUCGCUGGACGCCAUUGUCAAUGCCGCAAACACAACCCUUCUUGGCGGCGGCGGCGUCGACGGCGCUAUUCACAGAGCAGCAGGCCCGGAGCUCCUUGAAGAAUGCGAAGCUCUCCAAGGCUGCCGCACAGGUCAUGCCAAGAUCACAGAGGGGUAUCGCCUUCCUGCGAAGCACGUGAUCCACACGGUUGGUCCCGUAUACAACGUGCUGGAUCCCAAGCACAGCGCCAGGCUACUGCGAAGCUGCUACGAGGAGAGUUUGAACCUCGCAGUCAGGGAGGGUAUCAAGACGAUUGGCUUUAGUGGGAUUAGCACAGGUGUAUAUGGCUACCCGAGUCGGGAUGCGGCCGAGGUAGCUUGCGAUACCGUCAGGAGGCUCCUAGCCGCGGAAGCAAGCAGUUUGACGAGGGUUGUGUUUGUUGCGUUUGAUGAGAAGGACAUGGCAGCGUAUCGGGAGGCCAUCCCAAAAUAUUUCCCUGAUACCCCGGUCCUAGAGGCCAAUUCCCAUUAG